AUGCAACCAGCAAGCUCCUUCAACUACGCUCGGCCUAAACAAUUUAUUGCCCAGAACAUGAGCAAUGCCCCAGGCUACGUUACACCAUCUUCGGGUUCCUCUACCUCCAGCAUCCCAUCCCCAAUAUCACCCCUCAACACCUCAACAGCAGUUUACCAGGGGGUUCCCGUGCAACCUUUCUCCCAGCCAUUUGCUUCUGAAGGUGAACAGUUUUGGUCGCCAACCUCCUCAUCUCCCCCUCCUCCUCCACCUCCUGUGUUGAGUCCAACUGCAAACUAUUCUGCCCAGGAUCCAUUUCCUCUUCCUCCACCCCCUCCACCCCUUCCUGGAUCUGGACCUUCUCCUUCAUACAGUCCAUCUCAGUCUCCAACAACCAGAGGCUCUAGCUCCAGCCACAGCCCUGCGGCCUUCCUCAGUUCCAUGUUGCCAUCUCAGCCAUCACCUGUCUCUUUCAAUGAACUUGGACUACCAAAAGGUGUUAUGCCUCCUGGCUUCCCAAGGAAGACAGGCCGGACUGCCCGCAUAGCCUCUGAUGAAGAGAUCCAGGGAACAAAAGAUGCAGUGAUACAGGAUCUCGAGAGGAAGCUGCGUUUCAAAGAGGAGCUCCUGAACAACGGUCAACCGAAAUUAACAUAUGAAGAGAAAAUGGCUCGGCGGUUGCUGGGAGCGGACAAUGCUGCAACAGUGUUUAAUUUGCAAGAACCAGAAGAUGAUAUAAAUACACAGGAGUACAAAGUGUCUAGCUUUGAGCAAAGGCUUAUCGGUGAAAUUGAGUAUCGCCUAGAACGUUCUCCUGUGGAAGAAUCGGAUGAUGAUGUAGAACAUGGGGAUGAAUCUGAUGGCAUCCCUCCUCAAUUUGAAACAAAACUGCGCCACUUCAAGAUCUUUGAAGGAAUGCCAGCAACUUUUUCAUGCAAGCUGACUGGCAAUCCAAAGCCAAAGAUAUAUUGGUUCAAAGAUGGGAAACAAAUCUCCAAAAGAAGCGAACACUACAGAAUCCAGAGAGAACCUGAUGGGACCUGUUCCCUCCACACCUCUGCUUCUUCCUUGGAUGAUGAUGGGAACUAUACUAUCAUGGCUGCCAACCCACAGGGCAGAGUUAGUUGUACCGGUAGACUGAUGGUGCAGGCUGUAAACCAGAGGGGAAGGAGUACCCGCACGCCGACAAACCAGCCUCACAUUCGUAGACCACGAUCUCGGUCAAGAGAUAGUGGUGAUGAGAAUGAACCCAUCCAGGAAAGAUUUUUCCGUCCUCAUUUCUUGCAAGCUCCUGGUGAUCUCAUAGUUCAAGAAGGGAAGCUUUGUAGAAUGGAUUGCAAGGUGAGUGGAUUACCAACCCCUGACCUGAGCUGGCAGCUAAAUGGCAGACCUGUCCGUCCAGACAACAAUCACAAGAUGCUGGUGCGUGAGAAUGGAGUGCACUCCCUGAUCAUUGAGCCAGUGACCAGCAGAGACGCUGGAAUAUACACUUGUGUGGCCUCGAACCGAGCUGGACAGAACUCAUUCAGCCUGGAACUUAUUGUGGCUGCGAGAGAUGCUCAUAAGCCACCUGUGUUCAUAGAAAAGCUCCAGAAUACAGGAGUGGCAGAAGGAUAUCCAGUGAGGCUGGAGUGCCGUAUCUCAGGAAGUCCCCCACCCCAGAUAUUCUGGAAGAAAGAAAAUGAAUCGCUGACAUACAACACUGACAGAGUCAGCAUGCAUCAAGAUAACUAUGGUUACCUUUGCCUACUGAUCCAAGGUACCACCAAAGAGGAUGCUGGCUGGUAUACGGUGUCAGCAAAGAAUGAGGCUGGCAUUGUGUCUUGUACUGCAAGGCUUGACAUACAUACUCAGUGGCAGCAGUCACAUACCCCCAAGACAAGAAAAGUACGGCCUUCCACCAGUCGAUAUGCAGCACUUUCUGACCAAGGCCUGGAUAUUAAAGCAGCAUUUAUGCCAGAAGCAAACCCAGUGCACCUCCAGCCAGCGCUGGUAGAAAGCGAUGACCUGUAG